GUCGAGCGUUCUGCUACCCCCAUGCGGACAUGUAGAAUGGCUGCGUCCAAACUGGAACUGACUAUUCUCUCCUCUAAACGCAAUGGUUUUAUCUAAAAACAUGUCUUUUUCGUGUAUUUGUUACGGUUAUCGUUGUAGUUAUGCAUAAAUUAAGCAACGUUUUAAAGUCGGUUGGCAAGUAAUUCUAAUUAGACGUUAAUAAUUAGAUUGUGAGUGUGAUUCUAUGUAGGACACCCCUGUCGUUGCUGGUUACUCCUCCUGGCACUUCCUUGUUCAAAAGUUUUAUUUAGGGAAGGCUUGGGGAAAAGUUGGUCAGCGGAUUGGAUAUUAUUUCGAUGCUGCUGUCACAUAUUAAGGACAUGGGUCGUAUUUGUCGUACAUGUUAGCAGAACUGGCGUGCAGCUAUCGCAGCUUUUCCCAUGGCUAUAAUAAUUAUUAGAGGCUGGCUAACUUUGCACUGAGAGGUUCCAGAGAGGAAGAUGUCCAUGGCUACCGUUAGCGAAGACAUCAGACAGAAGUUCCCCUUGCAUUCCGCAGUGUGGGAGAAUGAUUACAGGAAACUGGAAGAGCAGAUAACGUUACCACAGAAUGACAUUGAGGCUGUGGAUCCCAGAGGCCGGACACCCGUGCACCUGGCUGUGUCUCUCGGCCACCUAGAGUCAGUGAGAGUCCUCCUGAGACAUGGUGCUGAAGUGACAAAAGAAAAUGCCAAGAAUUGGACAGUGCUGCAGGAGGCCGUUAGCACUGGAGACCCAGAGAUGGUCCAGUUAGUACUUCAACGCAGAGACUACCUCAAAGCCUCCACUGCUCUGGGAGGAGUGCCUGAGCUGCUGUCAAAAAUCCGCGAGGUUUUACUUUAUAUACCUCCCAGUUGUCUUGUCAUCAUCCGUACAUGUGCCUGGAAUCCCUGGCACUUCACAGCCAAAGUAAGUAAUUACUAUAUUCUUUUUUUUCAUCUCCAGUCUCCAGACUUCUACAUGGAAAUGAAGUGGGAAUUCACCAGUUGGAUCCCUCUUCUGUCCCGAGUUUGUCCAAGCGAUGUUUGUCGCAUUUGGAAAAGUGGCGCUUGCCUGCGAGUGGAUGCCACUCUUCUAGGCUUUGAAAACAUGACCUGGAUCAGAGGGCGUAGAAGCUACAUCUUCAGAGGAGAUGAUUCAUGUGCAGAGUUGAUGGAGGUGAACCAUGAUGAUGAAGUCGUGGACACUGAACGCUUCAAUAUAUCCCAAGAAAUGGAGGACGUCACAUUAGAGUCAAUGCAGCCCGCUGAGCAGGAAGUUGCCAAAAGGUUGACUACUCCUAUUGUCAACACCUACUUGGACACAAAGGAUAUUGCUUUUGAGAGGAACAAGUCUGGGAUUUGGGGCUGGAGAAGUGACAAAACAGAAAUGGUCAAUGGAUUUGAAGCAAAGGUUUUCAGUGUGAACAAUGUAAAUGUGGUAAUCAGGACUAGGACGGAGCAUCUCACAGACGAGGAGAAAGCCAGGAUUAAAAGUGAAAGGAACAUCCUGGAGUCUCUGCUAGGAACUGUGGAGCAGCACAUAAGUGCACAGGGGGACCUUACUCUUGAGUAUGCAACUGCCAAUAAUCCCACUGCAAUCACUCCAGAGGAGUAUUUUGAUCCUGACUUUGAUCUUGGGAACAGAGACAUCGGCCGUCCCAUCGAGCUGAGCAUUCGAACACAGAAGUUCAAAGGUACGUUGUGGAUGAGCGAGGAACAUCCCCUGUCGCUGGUGGAGCAGGUAACCCCCAUUAUUGACCUCAUGGCUCGAACCAGCUCCCAUUUUGCACGGCUGCGAGACUUUGUUACCUUGAAGUUUCCUCCUGGAUUUCCUGUUAAAAUAGAAAUUCCCCUGUUUCAUGUGCUGAAUGCCAGGAUUACAUUUGGCAACGUGAAUAAAUGCAGCACCGAAGAGGAAGCGCCCACAACGGCAGCAGCCACACCGACAUCCUCAGGAGACGAUGAAGAAGCAGCGGCACUGCCUCUGUUUCAGGUGUGUCCCGCAGUGUUUGAGGUGCCUGUGAGUUACCACCGCCGAGGGGGCAGCCGUCACACGCCCAUGUCCAAUAACGACGAGGAGCUCUUGCAGUACGCCAUCCAUCAGAGUCUCCUGGAGUCUCGCAGAGGCACAAGUCAGGAGGGGAGCUGGGAUGAUGUGGAUGCAGACUUCACUGAUGUUUUGCCAAGUAGCCAGAGUGACAGGAGUAUCCCAGAGGGGGUGCUAGUGGAAUACAGAGACACCUCCAGCCCUGCCAGCUCCCCCUCUGCCUCUAGCCCCGACUCAGAGCUCCGCCUGGCCAUGGAGCUCUCUGCACGAGUUCAAGAGGAGGAGGAGAGGAUGAGGAAGCAAGAGGAAGAGGAGCUGGAGAGGAUAUUGCAGUUGUCGCUCACCGAGAAGUAAAGGGAACAAGAGGGAAUACUUAUUAAUACAACUUUUCCAGAUCCAGAAGCAACCACCACACCUCAAAUUACCUUCCCCAAACCACUCUAGUCAUCUAUGCAACCGCAGAUUUCUUUCUGUAGCAGAUCAUUCUUGCACAGGCAAUAUCAAACUCUCCGUAUCCAAUAUUUUCCAAAUGGUAUUUUUGGUAAGAGCAUACUCUUUUGUAUAUUUCUAUCUUGGCAUAGUGUGUCUCCAUCUUCAAGCUUGAUUCAUUGACUAAGAUCAUUUUGGUGGGAUUCUACUUUUUAUUUAUUUAGUUUCUUUUCCUAUUCAGAAUCGCAGCAGCAACCUACAAGGAUUGAUAGUAUUGUUGUCUAGAAUGGGACUGAAUCAGUUUAAUUAAGGUUCUGUAAAUAAGUUUGACUACUGAAGGUGACUUUAUAUAGUAGGCACUCAAAUGCAGCACAUGCAGUCCAAAAAACUGUUGUUUUUUAUUUUCUCAGUACUUGUUGCUUCUGAUUUUUUGUAAGCUAGAAUGAAAACAGCCUAGCACAACAGAGAGCAACUGGCACUGUGAAGCUAGAAGUUCAGGUUUGAGUGUUUUCACAGUGAAGUCAUCUUCCAGAGUCACUUUGGUGAGAAUCAUGGGUUCACUGAAUGACAGAAAUCUCAGGGUUCCAACUUUACAGAUUCACCGUUUGCUUUGGAAAUAAUUUGUUAAUCAACUGUAAAACUUUCUGAAAUUGUCACCUGGUAAAUGUUUUGGUACGAAAUGGUACCACUCAUACAUAUCACCCUAUAGUGUACCAAUAAUAAUUUAAUUGGGUUCAUUAAGUGUUCAUAUGUAAAGGCAUUUUCCCGUACUUUGUGAAUGUACAUUCUACAGAUGGGUAAACAGAAGCAUGUUGCUGUGAGAGAAACUUCAAAUUAGCCGCAUGGUAAUGUAGCUUUGCUGCAGUAAGGAUGAGGUUUUAAGUUCCCUGACCUGAUUUUUAACGUCUCCUCUGAUUUUGUGGUGACAAAGGACUUAUUUUUGUAAACUGUCAGUGAGCAACUUCACCUCAGUUCAAACAUGCAAUAGCAGAGACCAGUGUGUCUGUGGAUUUCCACCUGUCAUGCAGCUUAGAAGCAGCUACACAACUAGUGUUGCAGAGAUUAUUCCAGUUCGUAAGGACAGUCUGCCUUUUGUAGCCACGGACAACUUAAGACCUCUGAGCAGAAGAAAAGACAGCACAGACUUUAAGAUCAAGCAUGCCCACCGUAUAUAGGUUUAGUUUCUUCAGCAUGUGCCAAGGAUUGCUUUGCUCUGAUAACACUUGGUGGGGUGGAGGCGCAGUGACAGUGUUCUGUAGUGCCACUCUGACUAAACUUUCCGAACAGAUUUUUAAAAAUUUUGUAAUAAAAAAAAACAAGCUGAAGAGCUUUCAGCUGUACCAGGGUGAUGCUGAGUAACAUGCAUUAACCACUAUAGUUGAUUUCACUGACAACCAACCACUUAUCAAAGGUCUCUGUGUUGCUGCAUCUGGAGCUUCAGCUGAACAACUACUAGUUGUAACGACCAAGUUGCCAAACUGCUGAAGAGUCAACUUUGAAAAGGCUAGCUUUGUUUAAUCUUUGCAAGGCACCGUUCAGGCUGCAAAGUUGUUGUUUUUUUAAUAUGAUAAAAUUUUAAGAGAAUAUGUCAGUUUCAAAAUGGUCUAAAAUAAAAGCACUUUAUUUCCAUGAGGAUUACA